AUGACUCCACUAAGUUCGCGAUUCUCAUAUCAUCGACACCAGUCAGCUAACCCAUUUUCAAGUGGUGGUGUGGGCGACAAUAACGAUGACGAGGAGACACAACAACAACGUAUGAACUGGCUAAAAAAACAAUUAGACGUUGAACUCAAAGUCAAAGCGGGAGCCGAGACAAUUUUGAAUACGUACAAUGGCCAAAGGAAGGAAGCGUAUAGAAAAAUGUGUGACGAAGCUCAAACGUUGUUAAAAGAUGCGAAAGCUAAAGCCGAAUAUAUAAGACUACAAAUGAAACGAUUAGAAACGGGAAGCGAAAAAGAUUCGUCCAAUCAGACUGACCACGAAGAAGAUCCAACUCAACAACGAUUAAAUGGACUCAAGAAACAACUCGAGAUUGAGCUUAAAGUGAAAGCCGGUGCUGAAACGUUGUUAAACACUUAUAGUGGCCAACGUAAAGAAUCCUCACGAAAAAUGUGUGAAGAAGCUCAAAUAUUGUUGAAAGAUGCGAAAGCUAAAGCAGAAUACAUUCGGUUACAAAUAAAACAAUUAGAAACGGGAUCAUUAACGAAUAACAACAAUUCAGAUGUUAUGAUUCAAAAGACAUCAACGCUCUGGCCUUCCGAACAACGCAUCGAAGAAAUUCAACACCAUUUAUCAAUCGAACAAACGAUGAAGAAAGGAGCAGAGAAUGCUGUCAAAGUGUUGAGAGAAACUGGUGCAAAAAAAGAAGCAUUACUCGAAGCACAUCAUACACUAUUCGAAAGCAAACAACGUAUAGCAUUACUAGGAGAAUCAUUGAGACGAAGAUUAAAACAUCAAGAUCAAAGUGAACAACAACGAAGGGAAUCAGUAUUAACAAAUGAAAAUAAUAUAGGAGAUCCAGCUACGUCUUAUAUUAUGCCUUUACCAAAACCAGCACCAGUUACUGGAAAAUUAGAAGUCAGACUACUUGGUUGUCAAGGUUUAUUUGAGGAUGCUUUAUCACCGGCUGUUAGUAAACGUGAUAGUCUGGGUAGUCCAGACACCAAAUAUCGUACUGUCAAACUGAUGCCAGGAAAAACCGAGUUGUCAAAUGAGAUAAAUGCCAUUUUACGUUUGGAUAAUACUCGCGUUGCUGAAACUGGCUUCAAACCUUGUAGUCAACAAGCAUGGGAUCAACGUUUUACAAUUGAAUUAGAUCGAGCUCGUGAAUUAGAGAUCAAUAUAAUGUGGCGUGAUUAUCGUAAUAUGUGUGCAAUUCGUUUUUUACGUUUAGAAGAUUUUAUAAAUCAGAAUAAUAUUAGUGGAACGAUCAUUCAUCUUGAGCCGCAAGGAGUGUUAUUUGCUGAUAUCAAAUUCAUCAAUCCAUUGAUUAAACCAGGACCAAAAUUAAAACGGCAAAAUAAAUUAUUUACAAAACGGAAAGGACGAAAUUUACCGCGUCCAAAUAAUAUGCGUAUCGAUGUUACAUUAUGGUAUCGAUUAAUCACAAAAGGAGUUAUAACACCAAAUUGUUAUGAUGCAAAUUCAACGGUGUCACCAAACAGUCCGUCACAUUCCGCCUAUGAAUUAUAUGAUCAAAAAAAUGAUACACUAACAAAUUUAUCACCAACAUCUUCCAUUUCUAUGCCAACAACUCUUACAAAUUCACAACGUGACGUGGAUCCUUUAUCUUUGACUCCACCUCAUAUACGACCAAUACAGACAACGAAAGAAACAGGAACAAUUUCUUAUCCUCAGGAGUCUUUAAUUCCUAUAAAUAAUGGUUUAUCGUCUCAAAGUAAACCAACAUCAUCAUUACAAUCUACGCCUUUAUCAUCUAGUCGUGAUAUUAUUCCUCCACCUGUCGCACGUAAACCAGUGCGACUUUCUCAUUCAUCAUCAUUUCAAGCUUCAGAUUCUUCAUAUCCUCCAUCAAAUAUUGAUCAUGUUCAUAUGGGUAAUAUCCAUCAUUCACAAUCUGUCGACAAUUAUACAAUUCUACCACAACCAUUAACCUCUGAUGAGAAUAUUUUUGGUCAAGGUCAAUCAUCAUCGAUAUCAUCUCCAUUUAAUAUUUCAUCAUUAUCCUCGAUUCUAUUGUCGUCAAACGAUCGUCUUUCACAACAGUCGACAUCUUCCAAUCAGCUGCCACAAUCGACUACUAAUAAAUUGUCUGACUCUUCAAACCAACAGAUUAUUGAAGAUAAAGAGCGAUCACAAGCAAUGCAAUCAGUUGUAAAACAUUCUCGUAAUGUAGAUAUAACAACAAAUGGAAGAAAAAAAUCAGUAUCAACAGAUAAAAGAUUUCCAAAAGGUGUUGUUAUUGACGCAUUUCGGCUUGUUAGUGUACUUGGUAGAGGACAUUUUGGAAAAGUGAUAUUAGCUGAAUAUAUAUAUCGUAAAGGUGAUUAUUAUGCAUUAAAAGUAUUGAAAAAAGGUGAUAUAUUAGCACGUGAUGAAGUUGAAAGUUUAAUGUCAGAAAAACGUAUAUUCGAAGUUAUUAAUGGUUCUCAUCAUCCAUUUUUAAUUAAUUUAUAUUCAUGUUUUCAAACACGUGAUCAUGUGAUAUUUGUUAUGGAAUAUGCUUAUGGUGGUGAUUUAAUGAUGCAUAUUCAUCAAGAUAUAUUUGAUGAACAACGAUCCUGUUUUUAUGCGGCUUGCGUUGUAUUAGGUUUAGAAUUUUUACAUCAAAAUAAGAUUGUGUAUAGAGAUUUAAAAUUAGAUAAUUUAUUAUUGGAUAAAGAAGGUUAUCUUAAAAUUGCUGAGUAA